UUGUGCACACAACUGUAUGUCUAUGUUUGUCACUUCUGCGAUUUGCACCCAAAAGCUACUGGCGAUUUAAUAUAAAUGUAGGGUAUUCAGUGCUUUUAUCAAAUCAAAGCCAAAUUUUUCACGCUUUGAUAUAAAUUUAUGUUGAUUUCUGUGCCGCCAGAUAGUUCAAUGGAAACCCCAAGGCGAAACUACACAAACUUGUGAGCAGGCGGCAAAAGUAGGAUACAGCUGUGCGCACAUGACUUGAGUAUGGCGCGACUAACAACAAAUAUUAGAAAACUAUCAAAAACAAACACAGGAAACAGAAAUGCAAGUUUUGUAUGUACGUACAAGGUGGUGCAAAAUUAAUCAUCCAAUAGUGCUUUUGAAUAACUUUUGAACUUAAUAAAAAAAAAUAGUUUUGAGUGACGGAAAUUUCUAUUUCGACCUUUACGCGCUCCAGUGCCUGUCUGUUUGUGUACUGCAGCUGUUUAAUUUACAAAAAAAUACAUGUUACAUAAAUUAAGUUUGCGCCACCUUGCAUAUACACACACAUGCAAGCCUUUAUCAAUAGGUGAGACUCAAAAUCUCUGCAGUGUUCGGUGCAAGCCUACUUAAAUUCUUGUGGCCAAAUGUGUGGCCGUAAAUUUCAACCGCUCCAUAUGCAAGCUUUUAACACACCUUGGCAGCAGCAACAACAACAGCCACGAAAUCACAGUGCAAGUAACGAUGACAACAACAAUAGGCAAGUGCAAAAUUAAGCAACGGAAUGCCCUACAGAUCAACACAUAUCAAGGAAAUUUAUUACCAUUAUCGCCGUUGUAAGCAGUGCAUUUGUUUGUGUUCCAUCACACUUUAUGUUAUUGUUGUUAUAGUAGUCGAACAAUAGUUUUUGGCUACCAAAUAGCAGCGUUUGUGUCUACGACCACGCCUCCGUCGCAACGUUAACGCACUGCCUGCACACAGCGCGGCUGCCGUUGGCCGCUGCUCUGAGCGUCGUACGCCAACACUUCCGCCGCGGCUGGUGUAGUGGAUGCGUGCUCGCUAGCGGCUGCCCGGCUGCCUGGCUGCAGUUGAUAGUGGCGCUCGUUGGCGCUUACAAUGGCCGCACACGCGUCCAAAUUGACGCAAGAAACGAUCGCUCGUACUUUCGCACCACCACUUGCCACACUGGCACGCACGCUCGCAGCGUUGGAGACGUUCUUCAUAAUUCGAGCGCGCAUUCGUCUGUUGGCCACGGCGCGCUACUUUUUGCGCGUGUUACACUCGCGCCUUCGCACCUACUUAAUUGGAACAGUUUUUGUUUUUCGUUUUUUGUUUUCUGGUACUUAAUUUUCGUGACGCUCACUUUUGCAUUGAUUCGAUUUGUUUGCUGCUCGUUUCAUUGUUUUCAAAAUGAAGUCUUAUUUAUGCUUGUGAAAUGUUUGCGGAAUUUUAAGCGCUUUUCGGUGAGUUAUUAAAAACUAAUUGAAGUAAACAAAGUGAAAAUAAUCGUUUUAAUUUCACUACUCACUCAACAUAGCCACGCGCCGUAUGCUAAUGCUUACGGCUGAACGCCUCGUGGCUUGUCAGCAUCCCGCAGUCAGCGCGCGUCCAGCGAGCGUCACACUCACGCGGUUGCCUGUUCGUCUGUCGUAUCUGGCUCACAGUCAUUUUCGGUAAAAAAAGAAAAAAAAAAAGAAAAAACAAAUAUAAAAAACAAGCGCUUUAGUGUCGCGGAAAGGCAGGCAGAUCAAAGGCGGCAGGCAAAUUGUCAUUUCGCUGCGAAAUACUUAAACAAGUAAAUAGAUGCACACAUACAAAUGCAAACACGCACACAUACACACACGAAUGUACACAUGUAUGUAUUAAUAAAUAUAUAUUUUCAGUUAAAAAGUCUGCAACAAAAAGUGAAAGUGCCGGCGUAAGUGAGUGUGCAAGUGUGUAAAGUCGCCAGGCCGCGUGUGGUACACAAACACACACAUACAAAUAUGUAUGUAUGUAUACGAAACGUACAAAUAUAGACGUGAACGAACGAGUGCUUAAGAAAACCACUCCUUAUGAGCUAUUUUUACGACACGGAAUUGGAUCGAAAGUCAUCACGUGGCAUGAUCUAUGAGAAUGAGGAACUGAGGCUGCGUACCAUCAACAUAAAUGCUGAGGUUGAACGAGGGCAAUCCGAUAUCAAACGCUUGCGUAGAGAGAAUGAACAGUUACGUCGUGAGAUCUGGACAUUGCGCGACGAAUGCGACCGCUUAAAUAAGCGCUUCAAGGCGAAAUUGCUGGAGCACGAUCAUGGGGGAUGCAAUGCGCGGCAUAGCGGUUGUAGCGGCGGUGGGCGCGGCAGUGGCCACGUUUGUGACAGUAACUGCAACAGUGAUGACUCAGAUUCCUGUGAUACCUGCAAGGGCAACGAUGAUCAGUGCAGCGAUGAAUGCUGCACCGGUGGCAGCUGCCCACAAUUGGCUACAAAACAGCCUAUUAUUGAAUUUGCACCUGCCACACCGUCAACCCCAACAUCACGUACAGAUAUGCCAAACCUGGCUGUCAAUUGUGUGGGAUCUGCGUCCGAGAGUACGCCAAAUUUACAUCAAGCAUUCGAUCAUUUAUCCGUCGUCUCUGAGGAGACGAUGAGCAAUGCUGAGCUGCAUACACAAGUGCCCCAUAAUGAGAUGUUGCACAUUUGCAUGCCCGAAAGUAGCGGUUCGCAGAUGACACUACCUAGCCUGGUCGGGCCGCUGACGCCAUUGACGCCCAUCGAGCACGUUGCAAAUCAGUUGAAUGAUCUACAAGCAGUUGUGCCGCCACUAUCUUAUUUUGAGAAUGUUUUACAGGAUCAUAUGGGCUCCAAUAUAGGGAAUGCAGCCAACGCAAGCUCUCCCACUUCGAGAUUAAUGCGCCACACAAAUGGUUGGGAUUAUAAGCUGCAAUCGCCCUUCGCACAUCGCAAAAUUUCGGGUGACAACUCGCAGCCAGCCUUACAGAUUGCGUCGCUUUCACCGAAUACUGGCCAACAACAGCGUCAGGUGUCUUCUCAGCUAUUGACCACAUUUGUGCCUACGAUGGUGGCGUCGACGUCUUGUAACGGGGGCUCAGCAAAUGAAACAGGUCUCACAGUAACAGCGCCCAGUGUGAUGAGUCAAGCAAAUAACCCUGCCAUAGAGACGGUCGCGAUCACCACCACGCCAGUGAAUGCGCCGCCGACCUUGAAUAGUCCAAAGCAUUUCUUUGCGCCACUAAAGCCGCGUCUGAAAAUUAACACAGCCUUGGCCAAUAAGUCGCUGAAUGCCACAAAUUCGUCGGGUGUGCCAGUCAUAAAUACAAUAGCAACAACACCGGCAGCCGAUCCGGAAAUAAGUGGGUGUCAAAAUUGUGAACCACCCGAUCUUUAUGUGCACAAUGCCUUGGCUGCCCCCUAUCAGCGUCAGGCUUUGAUCGCGACGAGCGCGGCCAAUGCGGUGCCCCCGCCAGUGCCACAACGCGGUAGCUCUUCUCAAACGGAGUCCGUCAACCUAGAAACCAUCCUCAAUGACAUCCAAUCCAUUUCCGAGGACAUUUUGGCAAUUCAGCUGGACAAGCGAAAGGGAAAUGAGAAUGACAUCAGCAAGCCGCUGGAGCAAGGUGACAAAAACAAGAAGCCAUAUCGCUCUGAAAUGAAUUUAACACUCCAAUACGAUGGCACAAAACAAGCUGCCACCACUAGUAACACCAACAAGACUGCUGCCGCAACUCAAACAUUACUCAGCAGUAGCGGCGGUAACAAUGGACGUUGUACGCGUUCACUGGAACGCGAACAUACCGAUAGUCCGUCGCCCCAUAUACCCGAUGCAAUGGUGCCCUUCCCAGACAAACGUACCUAUAUCGGAUUUGAUCAGAUAAACAAUGAUGCGAGAAUCGCGCUGCCGCCUACGAGCGUUGCAAAUAUGCCGCGACCGCCACUGCCACCUAUGCCAGGAGCAGCAAAUAAAGCACAGCCCUCAACACCACCUGCGCGCGUUUUUCCAGCGGCGCUAAACAUACGCAGCGCGGGUAUGGCGCGCGCUACACCUGUAUCGAUACCGCAGCUACCUAAAGAAGAGUUAGCGGCGGCUGCGGGCUUACAGACUGCUACGCCGGUGGGGGCAGGGCUUACGCCCAAUAAGAGCCAAUUGUAUACGGUGAUAGCGAGCGCGGCAGCAAAGCGUGCACAAUACCGUAAUGCUAUGGCGCAUUCGCUCGACGUGGACUUGGACGCCGCCACUGCAGCAACGGGGAAUGAUGCAAAUACUGCUGAUGCGGCGAGUGAGGCCCUGAGCAGUGAAGCAGCGCGACGAAAAGCACGACGCGUUUCAAUCGCUUGCGGCGAUUCAAGUACGCCAGAGUCUCCUGACCCGGUGACAAAUCCACACUUAGUUCGAUCUCAAGCACAAAUAAAUUUAAGUGACGUGCAAGAGGGCGUUGCAACUAACGCCACGACCACCAAUUCCAAUACAACGACAACAACAACAACGAACACGAAGCAUUCAUCUAUCGGCAGCUGCACAGAUCUGCCAUCUGCGUUGGCUAAUCCAGCGCUGAGGAACCUCAAGCAGACCAGCCACAGCACACCCAAUUCACCACAUUCCGCGCGUCGGCGCAGCAACAGCAACACCAUGAGCCCAAAUAACGGUGUUGCUGACGGCGCAUAUCCUCCCCAAUCGUUGUCAGCCAAUACGUCGCCACGGCACACGGCCAACGUGCACCAUCAUCACACCAAUAGCAGUUGUAGCAAUAUUGUUGUGGCGCAUCAACGCAAAUCCAGCCAAGACUCGACACGUGGCAAUCCGGCAGAGGUGUCUGCUGUUGAGGCUAUUACGGGUCGCUCACGUUGUUCUCGUCGCCACUCGGACGGCACGGUGGCGAGUAAUGCGCAACGCGUCAGCGGCACGUCCGGCCACCAUCACCACCAUCAUCAUCACCAUCACCAGCACAGCGCGUCGGUGCUGAGCAACAAUCUGCAUCACAGCCAUCAUUCGCAUCAGGACAGCACCUCUUACUCGGAGCACGGGUCGAAUAGUUCGGCCUCGUCGCGGGAGUCGUCGACUUCGUUCAGCGUGCGUUCGAAUCGGCGGAAAAUCUCCAUUAGUUCGCACACAGGCGGCAAAAUACCGUGGUGCGGGUGUUGGGGCAACGGUUGCUUGUAGGCUAGGUAAGCGUAGUGGUGUGUGUGGAAUGGGGUUUCGAAUUGUAAAAUAUGUAGAACGGCGAAGUGAAUGUAUGUAGUACUAAUACUUAUAAAUACAUAUUUAUAUUAUUGUAUAUUUUAGAUUUAUUAUUGUAUAAUCGCUUUGUUAUAAAAAUAGUAAUUCUAAUGUAUUUUAUUAUGUUAAAAAUUAGAUUAUAGGGCAUUUGUUUGAAUGUAGAAUACUCGUACAAUUGA